AUGGGGCUGCUGGGGGUCCGGAGGGGGGCCUUUCUGUGGAGGAUAGCCCUGAUCUGCCUCUCCAUCUGGGGGGCGGAUUCUCAGACUGCAGAGGGAACUAAACCAACGUACAUCUGGCAAACAGGUCCUUGGGGGCGCUGUAUGGGCAGUGAUUGUGGCCCCGGCGGCAGUCAGAGCCGGGCGGUGUGGUGCGCCCACUCCGAAGGAUGGACCACCCUCCACACAAACUGCGACCAGAGCAAGAGACCGGACAACCAGCAGAGCUGCUUCAGGGUCUGCGACUGGCAUAAAGAGCUGUACGACUGGCAGCUGGGGGCCUGGAACCAGUGCCUCCCCGUGUCCAUGCGCAACGCUGGAGUUCAGCGACCCAUCGUCUGUACCCGGGGUGAAGAGGGCAUUCAGACCCGGGAGGUGGGCUGCGUCCUGAAGGCAGACGGAGAACCAGCAGAAGAUGCAAUCUGUGAAUAUUUUGAGCCAAAACCCCGUCUGGAGCAGGCCUGUUUGAUCCCCUGUCCGCGGGACUGCGUGGUGUCUGAGUUCAGCCCAUGGACGCAAUGUUCUAAAACCUGUGGGAUCGGACUACAGAACAGGAUCCGCUUUGUUUUAGCGCCACCGCUGUUUGGUGGGUCGGCGUGCCCGAAUCUGACGGAGUUUCAUACGUGCCAGCCGGGGAAUUGUGAAGGGGAGGAGAGUCUGUACAGCCUCAGAGUCGGACCCUGGGGGCUCUGCUCGAUCCCGGUGUCCAGGCAAGCCAGACAAGCUGAUAAACCACCAAGAGAGGAAGGAAAACCGUCCAAGGAAAGUGAGAAACCGUCCAAAGAGGGGGACAAACAGUCUAAAGAGGCGGACAAACCGUCCAGAGAGAGUGAGAAAACAUCGAAAGGGGGCGACAAACAGUCCAAAGAGGGAGUCAAAGUGACCGGUGAGGGGGAGAAACCCAGCAGAGAGGGGGACAGGCCGCGCAAAGACGGAGAAAAAAGGUCCAAAGAUGCAGACAAACUGUCUAAAGAUGGACCCAAACCCUCCAGACCCAACAGGAAACUUGGCCGAGCGAACAGGAAACCGGACCGCCCGUCCCGGCAGGCGGACCGACCCAAACGACAGAAAAAGGCCAAAAACAAAGAGAAAAAGGAGAAAAUUCGGGAGAAAGUGAGGGAGAGGUUGAGGGAGAGGGGGAAGGCGAAGGAUCCGGAGACCAGAGAACUCAUCAAGAAGAAGAGGACCAAAAACCGCCAGAACCGGCCGGGGGGGAAGUUCUGGGAUCUGACGGUCGGGUACCAGACCCGGGAAGUGUCCUGCGUUCACAAGAGCGGGAACGUCGAGGCUCUCAGCCUCUGCUCCCAGGACUCUCUGCCAAUCACCUUCCAGGCCUGCGUGAUGACCAAAGACUGCGACGUCACCGAGUGGUCUGAUUGGUCCGCCUGCUCCAAGGAGUGCUACGACCCCAACGGACCCAAAGGGGAUCGAACCAGGAGCCGGAAAGUGAGCCAGUUCCCCAUCGACGGAGGGGCCGACUGUCCUGAGCUGCUGGAGAAGGAGAGCUGCACUGCUGGAGAGGAAGUGCCCCCCUGCAUUGUGUAUAACUGGAAGAGCACUGAGUGGACUGAGUGCCGGGUGGACGUUCUGUUGAGUCAGCAGGACCGGAGGAGGGGGAACCAGACCGGCCUGUGUGGGGGGGGCCUCCAGACUAGGGAGGUGUACUGCGUGCAGACCAGCUCUGAGACCCCCCCCAACCUCGCAGCCAUCAGGAGCAAAGAGGCGUUGCGGCCGAUGGACAGCGCGCUGUGUGUGGGCAUCCCCCCCGACACCACCCAGCUGUGCCACAUCAGCUGCCCGCUGGACUGUGAGGUCUCUGCAUGGAGCGCCUGGGGACCCUGCACCUUCGAGAACUGCCAGGACCAGGCCGCCAAGAAAGGCUUCAAGCUGAGGAAGAGGAGGGUCUCCAACGAGCCGACGGGGGGCCCAGGUACUUGCGCUCACCUGGUGGAGGCGGUGCCCUGCGAGGAGCCCGGCUGCUACGAUUGGCUGGUUCUGAGGCUGGAGGACUGCACCCCCGACAACGAGAGGGAGUGUGGGGCGGGAACUCAGAUCCCUCAAGUGCAGUGUGUGAACAGCGACGGAGAGUUUGUGGAGAGGCAGCUCUGCAGGGAUGCCAUCCUGCCGAUGCCAGCCCUCUGCGAGGUGCCUUGCCCAAAGGACUGUGCCCUGAGCCCCUGGACCCCCUGGACCCUCUGCUCCAACACCUGCUCCGGGAAAAACACAGAGGGCAAACAGACCAGAGCGAGGUCCAUCCUGGCUUACAACGCUGGAGAAGGAGGCGUCCAGUGCCCUAACAUCAGCGCCCUGCAGGAGGUGAGGGGCUGUAACGAUCACCCGUGCACGGUGUACCACUGGCAGACGGGCGCCUGGGGGCAGUGCAUCGAGGACGCCUCCAUCCCCGCCUCCAACGCGUCCAACGGCCGAACGCGGGGCGACGACGCCUCCUGCUCCGUGGGGAUGCAAACACGCAAAGUCAUCUGUGUUCGAGUCAACGUGGGACAGGUGCCUCCCAAAAAGUGUCCGGAGAGUCUGCGCCCCGACACCGUGAGACCCUGCCUGCUGCCCUGCAGGAGAGACUGCAUCGUGACGCCGUACAGCGACUGGAGCGCCUGCCCUGCCACCUGUCGGACAGGUGGAAACACCAAGAAGAAGCAGUUCAGGAAGCGUAUUGUGAUCCAGACUCCAGCCAACGGGGGGCAGGACUGUCCCGAAGUCCUGAACCAGGAGAGGGAGUGUGAGGCUCCGUCAGUGUGUCAGGGAUACAGAUGGAAAAUCCACAAGUGGCGGCGCUGUCAGCUGGUGCCCUGGUCCGUACGGCAGGACAGCGUCGGGGCUCUGGAGACAUGUGGACCGGGUCUACAGAUCAGAGCGGUGUCGUGCAGGAAGCAGGACGGCGGCCAGGCGGAUGUGGAGGCGUGUCUUCAGUUCUCCAGCUCCAUGCCGCCCCUCACUCAGCUCUGCCAGCUUCCCUGUGAGGAAACCUGUCAGCUCAGCCUCUGGUCCAAGUUCUCCUCCUGCAGCGUGGACUGUGUGGGGGUCCGGACCCGCAAGAGGACGCUGGUCGGUAAGAGUAAGAAGCGCGACCAGUGUAAGAACAACCAGGUGUUCCCUCUCAGCGAGACGCAGUACUGCCCCUGCAACAAGUACAACGCCCAGCCGGUGGGCAACUGGUCUGACUGUGUGCUGCCGGACGGGGGGCGGCUGGAGGGCUCUCUGGGCAUGAAGGUGCAGGGAGACAUCAAGGAGUGUGGGCAGGGGUACAGGUUCCAGGCCAUGGUGUGCUACGACCAGGACAACCGCAUCGUGGAGACGUCGCGCUGCAACAGCCACGGCUACAUCGAGGAGGCGUGCAUCAUCCCGUGUCCCUCAGACUGCAAACUGAGCGAAUGGUCCAACUGGUCUCGCUGCAGUAAGUCGUGCGGCAGCGGAGUGAAGGUCCGGUCCAAGUGGCUCCGAGAGAAGCCGUACAACGGGGGGAGACCCUGCCCCAAACUGGACCACGUCAACCAGGCUCAGGUGUACGAGGUGGUGCCGUGCCUCAGUGACUGCGGUCAGUACGUCUGGAUGUCUGAGCCGUGGAGCGUCUGGAAGGUCAGCAACGUGGACCUGAAGGAGAACUGUGGGGAGGGGGUGCAGACCCGCAAAGUCAGGUGCAUGCUGAACACCAUCGACGGGCCCUCGGAGCAGGUGGAGGAUUACCUCUGCGACCCGGAGGAGAUGCCCCUCGGAGCCAGAAACAGCCGACUGCCCUGCCCCGAGGACUGUGUGCUCUCAGACUGGGGGAUCUGGACCCCCUGUCCCCUGCCCUGUGGGGGGAACAGCUCCAGAGAGAGGACGGCGCCCCCCCUCCGUCAGCCUGGAGACGGGAAGACGUGUCCUCCAUCUGAGGAGACGGAGAUCUGCAAACUCAACACCAACUGCUUCCACUACUCAUACAACAUCACCGAUUGGAGUACCUGUCAGCUCAGUGAGCGAGCGGUCUGUGGAAACGGGAUUAAAACCCGGAUGCUGGAUUGUGUUCGCAGCGACGGGAAGUCUGUGGACCUGAAGUUCUGUAAGGAGCUGGGCCUGGACAGGAAGUGGCAGAUGAACGCUUCCUGUGUGGUCGAAUGUCCCGUCAACUGUCAGCUCUCUGAUUGGUCGAUGUGGUCGGAGUGCACACACACCUGUGGACUGGCAGGGAAGCUGUGGAGGAGGAGGACCGUGACUCAGACCCCCCAGGGAGACGGACGGCCCUGCCCCACCCAGAUGAAGCAGUGGAAACCCUGCCUGGUGAAGCCUUGCUACAGCUGGAGCUACGAAGCCUGGUCCGACUGCAAGUCAGAGGGCGCUCGGUGUGGAGACGGCCUGCGCUUCAGGAACGUUUCGUGCUUCGUGUCAGACGGCUCGGGGCAGGAGGACAGCAGCCUGGUGGAGGAGGAGCUGUGUUCAGACCUGGAGCCCUCAGUGGAGGGAGACCCCAACAUCGUCCUGCAGGAGCCCUGCACCGUGCCCUGUCCAGGUGAAUGCUACCUGACGGACUGGAACCGGUGGAGCCCGUGUCAGCUGAGCUGUGUGGGGGGGGAUGACCUGGGUUUCGGCUCGGUGCAGGUCCGGUCCCGAGCCGUGGUGGCUCAGGAUCCAGAGAACCUGCUGCAGUGCCCGGAGCAGGAGCUGGAGGCUCGGCCGUGCACAGAGGGUCAGUGUUUCGAGUACAAGUGGAGGACCGGACCCUGGAGGGCUGCAUCUCGCCUCGUCUGGUGCCAGCGCUCAGACGGACUCAAUGUCACAGGUGGAUGCCCGAUGACAACCGAGCCGAUAUCUGACCGAUCCUGCAGCCCGCCCUGCACCAAGCCCCGCUCCCUGUGCACAGAGGCGGGGGUGUGCGGCUGUGAGGACGGCUACACCGAGGUCAUGACCUCUGACGGGGUCCUGGAUCAGUGCACGGUAAUCCCGGUGCUGGAGAUCCCGACGGCCGGAGACAACCGGGCCGACGUGAAGACGAUCCGGGGCUUCAACCCCACCCUGCCUGAAGCCAGCUCCCCGGGCAGAGGGGGGCGCACCUGGUUCCUGCAGCCCUUUGGACCAGAUGGGAAAAUGAAGACCUGGGUGUACGGAGUAGCAGCAGGAGCGUUUGUUUUGCUCGUCUUCAUCAUCUCCAUGACGUAUUUAGCAUGCAAAAAGCCAAAGAAGCCUCAGCGGCGUCAGAUGAACAACAGACUGAAACCUCUAACGCUGGCGUACGACGGAGACGCCGACAUGUAGACGGUUCUCUCUUCCUGAUGCAGAAAACUGUUUCCUGCAGACGUCUUAAAGGUCUCCUAUUACGCAAAAUCCACUUCUUCAUGUCUCUUCUACAUCAACAUGUGUCCCCUCUUCUUCAUGUCUCUUCUUCAUCAACAUGUGUCCCCUCUUCUUCAUGUCUC